AAGAGGGGUGGGGUUCCUCCAUGCGGAAGUAGGUAAUUCACCCGGACUGGACAAAUGAUUAGCCAUUAGCUGCGUUACAACAAACAAUUUUUUUGCUUUGCUACUUCGAGUCCUAUUGAUAAGGUGCUGUUGAGUUCUUAAUACUCAGUGUGGACAAUGAUAAUGUUUGGUCACUUUGUGCUGGUGCUGGCUCUAUUUGGCGGAGCCAUGACAGUUGAGGUCCUUCGUCCCCGCGGUGUCCCUUUGUCAAAGCGCCAGUUUUAUGAAGAAAACAAACCGUUUACUUGUCUGGAUGGAACCCGCACCAUUCCCUUUGACAGAAUAAAUGAUGACUAUUGUGACUGUCCGGAUGGAUCUGAUGAGCCAGGUACUGCUGCUUGCCCCAAUGGCAACUUCCACUGCACCAAUGCGGGUUUCCGACCAGGAUUCAUCCCUUCCUCCCGUGUCAAUGAUGGAAUAUGUGAUUGCUGCGACACUACAGAUGAGUAUAACAGUGGUGCUGACUGUCAAAACACCUGUAGGGAACUGGGUCGCAAAGAGAAAGAAGAACUGCAGAAGAUAGCAGAGAUUGCAAAGGAAGGCUUUAUGCUUAAAAAACAACUCAUCCAGGAGGCCAAACAAGGUCUAGAGGAAAAAAAGUCAAAACUUGGAGAUGUCCAGAACAGUAAGAAAGAUCUGGAAGCAAAUGUGGAAGCUCUGAGAACUGUUAAGGAGACUGCUGAGAAACCAGAGAAAGAAGCUAAAGAGCGCCAUCUGAAGGCCUGGGAAGAGCAAAAAGCUGCCAUUCGCAUGGAGAAAGACAAGGCUAGAAUGGCCGAGGUUUUUCUUGAACUGGAUGAUGAUUCAGAUGGCUUUGUCUCAGUGGCUGAGCUUCAGUCCCAUCCUGAGCUUGACCCAGAUUCUGAUGGUUCAUUUACUGAAGCCGAAGCUCAGGGACUGUUAGGUGGAGUGGACCAAGUGGACACAGUAGUGUUUGAGACUGUCUGGAAUAACAUUAAGGAAAAAUAUGUUUCUGAGUCCAAUGCAGACGUCCCACCACCAGGGGAAACGCCUCAAGAGGAAACCCAGGAUACAACGUCUGACAAUGACUCUGAAAAUUAUCCCGAUGAGGAUAUCCCAGAGGAAGAGGACAACGAUGAUGAGGAAGAUGAUGAAGAUGAUGACAUGGAUGAUGGGGAUUAUAAAGCCCCUCCCACUAUGCGGACUGAUGAAAAGAAGGAUGAUGAUGACGAGGGCCCAAUGCCGCCCUAUGACCAAGAAACCCAGGCUCUCAUUGAUGCUGCUCAGAAAGCCAGGGAUGAAUUCAACGAGGCUGAGAAAUCUCUGCGGGAAGUGGAAGAUCAAAUCAGGAACCUUGAGAAGGAAAUCUCUUUUGACUUUGGACCCAGCUCUGAGUUUGCCUACCUCUACAGCCAGUGUUAUGAGCUGACCACUAGCGAAUAUGUCUACAGGCUCUGCCCCUUUAACAAAGUGUCACAAAAACCCAAGUUUGGAGGAUCAGAGACUAGUUUAGGAAUGUGGGGGAAGUGGGCAGGACCUGAGGAUAAUAUUUACUCGGUAAUGAAGUAUGAACAUGGAACAGGAUGUUGGCAAGGCCCCAACAGAUCCACCACUGUGAAGCUAACAUGUGGAAAGGAAACUAUUGUGACAUCUACCUCAGAGCCCAGUCGCUGUGAAUACCUCAUGGAGUUCACCAGCCCCGCUAUCUGCCAGGAUCCCUCAAGCAUUGAUUCAGGACACCCUGAUCACGAAGAGCUGUAGGAGCUCAUUGGUAGAACACUGAAGGGACCAGUCAUUGCAGUAAAAUGUAUUUUUCCUGUCUCCAUGCUGUACCGCCUCCUGUUUCUGCUUGUUGUGUAGAAGUAAUGCUAAUUCCAAUGAGCAGGUCAAUGCAUUCAUCUUCCACUCCUCUAUGAUGUAUUGACACCAGUUUUAAGUCAGAUGUAAUGUCAUUCCACUGUUAUCAAAUAAACAUGUUUUAAUCUCA